ACGACGACCACAACAGGGAAAAAAUAUCAGGAAAAAAGCUCCUGUUUUUCUCGGAAAAAUACCGCUUUCUUCCCAAAUUUAUCGAAAUCAAUCGAAACGAUAAGAUGAGCUUCAUGACAGGGUUUCAUGGGCCAUAUGAAGCAUUCAAACAAUGCAAGGAUGUGUGCGUGGCGGCUGGUCCAAAGCGAGUAUUCCGCAAUGCUGCAAUCGUUGUCUCCACCACUUUUACCGUUGUCAAGGUCGGGAAGAAAAUUUACAAAUGGUAUAACUACUCCUACCUGCGCAAGCAGAAGCAAGAGGCCUGUCUGCUCUCCAAGCAGAGGUUACAGGAGAGGUUGAAGGAAGUUGAGGAUAGUUCAAGCUGGGAUGAAAUAGCUGACUUGUCUUCAACAGAUCUGAUCCACAAACUGCAGAAGAAGGAACUAAAAGCGGUAGAUGUUCUCCGUGCAUUCCAGUACAAGGCUCUUAAAGCUGACGAGGAAUUGAACUGUGUUGUCGAACCAAUCUGGGAGGCGGAGGCACAAGCACUGGAGGAGGAUUUGGAAGGAAUCAAAGGCCCUCUGCAUGGGGUUCCAGUCAGUCUUAAAGAUACCUAUGGAGUUACGGGUUAUGAUGGCACAGUUGGUCUGGCAAGUCGAAUCAACCAGCCUUUCCUUGAAGAUGCCGUGGUGGUGAAAGUAUUGAAGAAAGCAGGAGCUAUCCCAUUUGUCAAGACACCCUCUCCACCAGCCAUGUACAGUUUUGAGACGAGCAGUGCUCUGUAUGGUCGGACAUGCAAUCCACACGACACAAGUCGUAUUCCAGGUGGAUCCUCUGGUGGUGAAGCUGCUCUGUUGGCAAGUCAUGGGUCCAUCAUUGGUUUCGGGAGUGACCUCGGUGGAAGUAUCAGGAUACCGUCGGCCAUGUGUGGCACCUACGGGCUGAAGCCAACGAUUGGAAGAAUUAGCAAGAAAGGAAUGAGUCCUCUAUGUAGGACUAACCAAAUGGUUGCCUCCAGUAUUGGGCCAAUGGCGAGGGAUGUUGAAGGUCUUGUGUCUGUCAUGAGGGCUCUGCUGGUUCCAUACAUGUAUGAACUCGACCCCAACUCUGUGCCAAUCCUCUUCCAAAAUGAAGUCUAUGAGAGCAAGCGACCACUUCGGAUUGGUUACUACACGUAUGAUGGUUUUGUCCAGGCUGUUCCCGCCAUGGUUCGUGGCGUGCUGAUGGCCAAGGCUGCUCUAGAGAAACAGGGACACACGCUUGUUCCAUGGAACCCCAUAGACACACCUUAUGCCUACAACAAGCUCUGGGUCGCAAUGUUGUUUGGGGACCAUGGAGUUGGUCUCAUGAAGGAACUAGAGGGUGAUAAGCAAGACCCAUGUAUGGCCAUGCUCUACUUUAUCUUGAAGACGAGUGAGAGGAUCAGGAGGCCGCUGUGCCGUUUCAUCGGUCUGUUUUCUCCUGGUGUCGCUCGCCUGCUUUCCGCUGGACUAGACUAUGAGACUGUCUAUGACUGGUUCCAGGGAUGCAGAAAGCUUGAGACAUACCGAGAGGAUGUUGCAGCGAGUUGGAAGCAGAACAAAUUGGAUGCUAUCAUCUGUCCAGGAUUUACCAUGACCGCUGUUCCUCCAGGACUUACAGUUUUCCAACAAUUGUCUUACACUGCUGUCUACAAUGCUCUGAAUUUCCCUGCUGGCAGUAUGCCAGUUACCAAGGUGACCGCUGAGGAUGAAGACAAACUUGAGAAGGAAUACCCAACAGAACCUUUCUACCAUAAGAUUACGAAAGAUGGCUCGCGUGGCUCAACCGGUCUUCCGGUUAACGUCCAGUGUGUUGCACUGCCUUUCCAGGAUGAAAUGAGUCUACGUGUCAUGAAGGAACUCGACACAGCCCUCAAGAUGACCAACUAAUAGAAGUUGUUACUCAUGACCAACUAAUAGAAGUUGUUACUCAUGACCAACUAAUAGAAGUUGUUACUCAAAAGCUAGAAUUGUAUUUGGCAAAUGUCAGACAUUGAUUUUUUGUGCACUUCGAGGACUAAAUAUAGUACGUAGUUCUUUUAAAGGGAGACUACAUGCAGGAGCUACCGGGUCAAAUUGUUAAUCUUCAGCUGACUAGUAUUGACACUCAGAGGUCUGAGUUGUGUUUGAUUCAGCUGAAUAAUAGCUCUCAUGUGAGCAGGUAGAAUUCCAGUGUACUAUAAGAUCGAAGAGACCCCUUUCAUCAAGUAUUCAUACUUGCUUUCAUGGAAUUUAAUCCUACCUCCCAGGCCCCUGCUGGAUGGGCCAGAUUAAGUUGGACAAAGUCGCAUCUAGGUGGCUCUUCUACCUCACAGUACAUACAAGCGCUAUUCACACUUUUAUAAAUGGAAUCAUUUUAUCACUGAGUCAAACCACAAACCAUGUCCCACAAUACUGUGCAUGAUACUAGGCACAGUAGAUCACCAAUUGGUCCCCAUAUGUUUCUGCCUGUAGCCCCCAGUAAAAGGAUUUUCAGGUCCUAUACAGGCACCAUGACCAUAUGUAAUUGUAAUGCUCUUGGCAUUGAUUUGGUUAGUAAUCAUGAUAGUGUGUAGAUGUUUUAGUGUGUAGAUGUGUAUUACAACAGGCCUAAAAGGACUAAGGUACCAUCCUCAAUGACCAGUAUAUACCUUUCCUCACAAAAAAUUUCCUAAUAUAAAAAAAAUUAAUAUCAAUGAAAUUGUUUAGAUUUGGUUUGAGGAACCUUAUAGCCUCAUGGUUGACACUGCCAGCUACCAUGCAUUAGGGCCAGGUUUCGAUUCCAGGGAGGAUUCGGAAUUUUAUUUCUGGAUGAACCCAUGUCAAACGAUGUAUAAGAUAUGAACAUGAAGAAAUGACAGCUUAGGAAUUACAUGUCCUGCACAAUUGCCUGUUUAUGCUUUGGAAACUACUUUUUUUAUUACUUUUUACGUCUUAGAAGGCGUUAUGCAAGAUCAAAGUGCCAUCCAGAGAAUUAGUCAAAAACUUUUGUUUCGGUUAUUUAUGAGUGGUGCUUCUUUAGAAACUAGUUUAGUUAACGUGUAGUUUGGAAACUUUAAGUGAUGAUGGCUAGUGUAUUCCUUUCAGAGUUGAUAACACAAUUGUCUUAACUAUACACUGAACGGCCCUUGGACCUAGACAGUUCUUGCAAUGGCUUUUGGAUUAUAAUGAAAAAGGCUUGCAGAUUUCAUGUAAAUCUGGUUUUAUGGAGAUGUAUAGAUCGAACUAGUGCUCUGCUAACAGGUUUAUCUGUGCUGGAAGAAAUUGAUCAUUUAUUCUAUAGCAUGCUGUGGUAGGAUUUAUAAUUUGAUAUGUCUUGUUAUUAUGUGCUGUAUACAGUAUUAUAUGUGCUAAACCAAAUGCCACAUUGUUGUCACA